AUGAUAUGAUUCUUUAUUUAGAGAAAACCAAAGAUAUCAGCUUCAAGGAAGCUCAUGCUCAAGAGUCUGAUGGUGGCAAAGGCCAAGGAGGAACUUGAGCAAGAGAUCCUAAACAAAGAGGCUGAGAAAGAGAAGUACCUGGCAGAGAGAGCUCCUCCCCUCAACACCAGUCACAUGAGUAUGGCUCAGUUACAGGAUCUGUGCAGAGAGCUCCAUGCCAAAAUUGAUGUAGUAGAUGAGGAGCGAUAUGACACUGAGGCCAAAGUGACGCUCAACACACGUGAGAUUAAAGACCUGAGUAUCAAGGUGUUGGACCUGAGGGGGAAAUUCAAGAGGCCUACACUGCGCCGCGUUCGUGUGUCUGCUGACGCCAUCCUCCGCUCGCUGCUCGGCUCAAAGCACAAAGUCUCCAUGGACCUCCGAGCCAAUCUCAAGUCCGUCAAGAAAGAGGACACUGAGAAGAAGAGACCAAUAGAGGACAGUGACUGGAGGAAAAAUGUUGAAGCCAUGUCAGGAAUGGAGGGAAGAAAGAAGAUGUUUGACGCUGCCAAGGGUUCCGCCCAGUAAACCCAGUACCUGCGUUAACCCCUGCACCUGAAUCGGUUUUCCCAAAAUCCUCAUCAAAUAGGAGAUGAUGUCUACAGUACUCCCUCUCUUUACUGUAAAAUGGAGUGACACAGGCUUUGUUAUUGCCAAUAAAAUUGUAUUUCUCCCAAACCUCACACCUGUGAUCAGUAAUAAAAUGUUCAUCCGAGUAAAGAGA